AUGUUGUUUUUCUGUGUGAGAGUAUCAUGUGAAGAGAAGAUCCUCUAUGGCCCUAAAUGGAUUUCAAUUGAAGAAUCAAGCACACUCUGUGAUGUCCUGCGCUGUGCUACAGGAAACAAAUACUUGUCAAGAAAACUUAAAGUUGUUGUGGCAAGUGAGAAGUCUUUGAAGGAUUUGUCCUUUGUCAAACUCUGCCUUCCAGUGCUAAUUUUGGAUAGAAGUGACAAGAAGAUUGUUAGCUUCCUGUUGAAGCCCAAAGAUGCUGUCAUCACAGUAAGAUUAUUUUUUUUGUGUGAUGCUUGUAUAGAUUUGCAAUGUAUGGCAUAACUAAGACCUCAUCCAUACAAGGAUUCAUCAAACCUAUAGUCUUUACAGUUCUAUGGAUCAAUAGAGUUUUUUCAACAAUACAUCCUGUACAUUGCUCAAGUGGCAACUGCCCGAUAUAGAAGUACUUGCACAGUGAUUCUUAUGGCCCUCUAAGUCUUAUUAGUAAAGCAAGAAAUAUAUAUAAUAUUCUUUGUCAAGAGAUAUAAAAAAGUAGCUUGUUUGCUUGUGUAUUCACGAAAUGGAAGAUUUGAUGUUCAAUGCCAUCUUGAAUUUACAUGUUUCAUUUACUCUAACACAAUAAAUUAUAUACAAAUACACAUAUUAGUUAGGUUUAAAAUUCAAAGUAGACUGUAUAUAUUUUUUGUGUUUUCUUUGUAUUGGUAAUCCAUCUAGCCUCAUGUAGCAGCCAACCUGGAAAAUUAUUGUGGUUUAUUGUUGUUAUAUUGACAUAACUUUUCAAGAAUUUUAUUUUACUUGUGCGCUUUUGUAAAAGGAUUGUUUUAUUUACAGCAGUUCAUUCAUGAUAUGAGCUCACUGAAGUGGUACAGCUGUGUUAAAGAUCAAUGGACCAUGUAAUCUAAUAGUCAAAUAGCUUCCAUUUUAGAUUAUAAGAUCACAAAAUGGUUUAAACUAAAAAUAAAACAAGUUUCCUAGUGAUAAGGUGUACUUAAAUAAAUUUGUUUACAGACUAUUCACGGCAGUGCACCUUUACAUGCAUUUUGAUCACUAUUUUUCAUUUUCUUGAACAGUUUUUGGCCAAGAAAAUCGAAUGCUGUGAAGCGGCUAUAUAAAAUGUGUUUCAUGCUUCAUAAAAUUUAGGAUUUCAAGAUUACUCUUUGGUAGUUUAUAAUCUUUUUUUUUUCCAAGCCCUGUAAUGUUCUGACAGAUCUAAACAAUACAUUUUUUUAUUUUUGUUUGUGUCUGUCUAUAUAGUUAUGUGUGUACAGGGGAGAUAAUUAUAGAAAUAUUUAUGUGCAAUUAUAGACUCAGCUCUCAGUAAACUUUGUGAAAUCAGGUAAACUACUGCAACCUUCCUUCUUGAAGGUAUCAUGCAGAAUGCUUUUUUGUAACAGACUUAUUGCAUGCCAUUUAGUUUCAAGGGUUGGUAGUUAAAACUAACAAUAGACAAGAAUUUCAUAUUUUGAUGUACAUAGUAUUGCUGUUUUGGAAUUUUUCUUUUAUUAAAUUUUGUUGUGAGCAGCUUUGAAUCUAAAAUUCCGUUAUCUUCCUUAACUGUCCAAACACUUAAAUACUUUUCGAGUGGAGCUUUUGCCUCAGAGAAAAAGGCAAUUGGUGUUUGAUGAUAAUAAUAACCCAGAAAGACAACAAUUUAAUGGAGACAAUGAUCAUUCAUUGGGAACUGUUUGGGAGUCUUCUUACAGAAGCCAGGUUUACUGUUGCAUUGUUAUUUUGUUCCUUCAUUCAAUCUAUAGUCCUAUCACAAAUAAGGUUUGCUUGCUUUCAUUCGUAAGCUGGGCUUCUAUCCUUUAAAGUGCAAUUUGGUAUUUUUGUGUUAGGGGAAAAGGAUCAUAUAUGUUUCUGGGAAACUGCCCACCUACCCUUCCCCUAAGACAACAUUAACACUUACUUCUCACUUAGGGCAAAAUGUUGGCUUAAGGGAGGAGUUGGUGGGUGGGUGGUUUCCCAGAAACACAUAAUGAUCCGAGACUACCAUGUGGAAGGGGUGGGAUAAUCUUAAAAAAAAAUUGGAGUUAAAAUUGAGCUCAUGUUAAGGGGACUCUUCUAGAUCUGGUUGUGGCUAAAGUUAAAAACAACCUUUCAAAGCUAGAGUUACCAUUCUAAAACAGACAGCAAGUGCUGUAUGAACUGUCAUGAAUUAAGAUUUACAACUGCAACAAAGACAUUGACAUUGUAUGUCAUAUCUGAUUGGUCCAUACCACUAAUUUGCACACUGUCCCAUUGCAUUUUUAAUUCUUUCACAUACAGCCCUCAGCAAUGCCUGCAUUGAUUCUAUACUGAGCACUCGAAAUGAUACCAAAUUUUCAGUUUUUCUCAUGUCAUAGUCUACCUCCAAGGCACAUUGCCUUACAAACUUUGGGUGAUCAGGAGAGACGGCUUGCUAGGGGAUCUAGAACUACACUAAGAAACAAAAUGUUUCAUAUUGAAAAUUUAGAGGAAUUGUGUUUAGUUCUAAAGGUGUUAUUGGUAGUUGAUUAUAAUAUUGCUUUCCUCCUGUCAUUUCUCCUAUUUUAGCCAGCUUCACCUGAAAGAAAACUUUCCAUCCAGUCAUCUGCUCACUUAACUAAUUCAGAUGAAGAUGACAGUCGUACAGGAUCUCCUGAUCAGGGAAUGCAUAACAUGUACCAUGUGAGUCAGGCAAAUACAGUGUUCUAUAUUGUUCACUGUGCAGUUCUCUUCCCUGCCUGGAGAGACGAACAUAAUGAAAGAUUUUUGAUUUGUUUGUUUGUUUGUUUGUUUGUUUAUUUUGAAAACAACACAACAUGUUUUACCAGCUAUUCAAAGAUGUUCCAAUAGAGUUACAGGUUCUAAAAAGUAGAGGCAUCAGAAAGGACAUCAAAAGUAAAAGCCCCUCCACCCUUCCAAAACGAAGAGGAAAACUAAAGUGUGGGUUAAAGAUGAGAGAGGAGAGAUAGAGUGAAAGAAAGGGGGAGGGGGUGGAUGGACAAAGGGAGAUUCUGUGACCAACCACCAGGGAGACCCAACUUUUUUUCGUAUUACCUGCCACAAGCAACACCCAUCUAUUGGUGGGUUUUCAAAGACGAUGCAUAUCCCUUUUAAUUGAGUUUCAAUAGAGUACUAAAGUGAUGACGUCAUAAAAAUGAAAUUUCAGAAAUUAUGAGAUUUGUCAGGAUAUUCUGAAAGAACAAUGUCCAAGAGGCGUACUUACCAAAAAUGAGCAUUUCAGGACAAAUUGUCUCUGCAAUGUUAGCCGGUUAUACUCAGAAAACUCCAUACAAACCCUUCUAAUUUUUUGGGGGGUCGACCCAAAAAAAUUUAGAAGGGUUUGUAUAUGGAGUUUUCUAAGCAUAACUGGGCCACGAUCUCAGAGACAAUUCGCCCCGAAAUGCUCAUUUUUGGCAAGUAGGCCUCUUGGACAUUGUUCUUUCAGAAUAUCCUGACAAAUCUCAUAAUUUCUGAAAUUUCAUUUUUAUGACGUCAUCACUUUAGUACUCUAUAAUGAACCCCAUAAACAAGUCGGUUUACAACACAGACCUAAGAUUAGUUUACAUUCAAACCCUGCUUUACCGACACCCACUUCAUUUGGACACCUCAUUAUUUAUGGACAGUAUUCCUUGUCCUAAGGGAAAGUAAGCCCUCACAUUUUCUCUAAAUUGAACCAGCUUGAUACAGACACUUUCAAUGGCCCCCUCAGUGUUUGUAUUAAUGGGGUGUGACAGUACUUAUUCUUACAUUAUUUUUCCAAAGACUUCACCACUUACAUGAACAGAGAAAGCCUCUAAUUUCCCAUUUUCUUUCUUUCUUACUACAUGACAAUGUGUCUUAUAGUAAACUAGUCUUUGAAUAUGCAUUGACUAAGGCUUAGUAAACGGUUUCCUUGGUUCAACUUGAGGACCUCCCAUUCUGUGAUUUGGUACUGGUAGAAUUGUAUUGUUUUUAAUAUCUUUUUGCUUUUUUCCUAGGGGGUACACUCACCGCACACUCAGUUCCACCCCUACCCCCAUUACCCCUACAUGACACCAAUGUACCACCACCAUCCCCCUGUGAUGUGUCAUUGUCCCUCCUGGUGACCUGUGUCUAGUGGACAGGUGAGUGGGGUGCCCCCUUGUGGACCAUUGAAACAAGUAGUAGUCUAGGCACCUCAUCCAAGCUGGAGUCAUGCUUCACCGACAGCAUUUCAAGUCAGGUUAGUUACACCAGUGACACCCUCUAGUUACCCUAGUGAAACCCCCAGUUACACUAGCGACAACCCCAGUUACCCCACUGACACUCCCCAGUUACACUGGCAACAACCCCAGUUACACUAGUGAUACCCCCAAGUUACACUAGCGAAACCCCCCAGUUACACUAGUGACACCCUCUAGUUACCGCUCGCUCUACUAUGGGAACUUCUCGUAGUCUAGAUCAUAGAUGACGUACUGAAUGAUUGUUUUUGUUUUAGAUCAAGGCUUCAAAGGCCCAUGUCUGGUAAGUCGCUUAGUACAGCUGUACUUGAUGUACAACGUGGAGGGUUUCUCAACUACGGUCAUUCCUCUGACCAGCUGAUAAUCCAAUGAACCAAUCAGAAACGGAGGUGGACACAUGUAGCCGCCGCCAAAAAGCGCGGGAAAACGUCUGCGCUAAGGAACGCGAAGGCCAUAAUUGGUUUUUGCUUUAAAUCUGAUUGGUGGAGCGAAAAUACGUCACACGCAAAAAAACCUGAACCUUUUAGACGGGCGCCGAAAAAUUUAACUCCUGUGAUUUAGUUUUGAUUGGAUUUGCUUACUAAGCGCCUGAUAAAAACAUAACAUGUAGCGGACUAGAGCCCUGCUUGGGAGUUGGAAACUUCCUUUCAAAGCUCGCAUUUUGACUGUAUAUAGGAAGCGAAGUUCCUUAACUCACAGAGUAUCCUUCCUUAUUUCUUUCUUAACGGUUGGUAAUAUUUUUUCUUUCUUUCUUCGUACACAGUUCCUGGCGAGAAAUUCGAAAUGAUAGUGAAAGGAAGCCCCCUUUACGGUCAACCACCGUGGUGGGGUUGGGGCUCAUCCGACGACGAGAUUUACAAUUAUCCCAACACUGCUUCCAUUCUCGAGGCCGAUACUCAGGCAGGACAAAAAGUUGUGGCGUUGAAGAAGAAAAAAUUAACAAAGAAAGACGCGCUUGAAAUGGCGCAAAGACGCCACAGCAUAGCGACGACUUCGGUUCUAUCGGAAUCUAAAGCGAGAAUUGUGGCUACGAGAACGUCUAAAACGACUUAUGAGUCUGCAGAGCAGAACAAGGCGAUGAAAAAGCGCGAAGAGUAUGUACUAUUUCAGAAACAAUCUUCAUUACCGUAUACGGAAUAUAGCGAUCAGUUGUCCCCAGUAUUUGAAAACUCUACUAGUCGAGACUGGGAACUGCCUGACUCACAAAGCGAAAAGUCUAGUCUCCUUGAAUGCGAUUCAUCUCAAGAAAAUUCUCCUGACGAUUGCAUCGAAGGACAAUCAAGACCGGGAUCAUCAUACGAGAUUCCUAUCAUACCUGAUUAUGACGAGAUUCCAGAACGACCUGUUAGUCAGAAAAGCGACAAGGAGAAAUUGAGAUCGCAAGAAGAUGUACGGAAAAGUGCUGCGGGGAAGCAGGACGGAGCGGCAAGAAAGAAAGUUACUAGUAAAGUCAAGAAGAGAAUUCUUUCUGCUGACGCUCCGACAAAGAAUGGAAAAACAUCAUCGGGUAAUUGAAUAAUUUUUUUAGGUAAAAAAUAGGGGAAAAUCUGAUGUCAAGCUAAGACAAACAGAAUUCAAGAAAACGGCCGGUCGAGAGACGGCUUUCGUUUGUAUCGUCCCCUGAUAUACAUGGCCUCGGUUGACGUAACCUGCGAGCAAGCUCUCCCGCGGGGGCGCUCUGGCGGCGGGGCAAGAACCCCAGGAGAGCUUGCUCGCAGGCUACUGUUGACUGGGUAGCCCGGUCUUGUCGUCAUUUGAUAAAUGCAGGAGUCCAUGAGCGAUCGUUACAGUUGAUGACAAAAAUAUUAGUGGUUUCACUGAACGUGCCAAGGGUAUAACUGAGGUCCGUUACCUUUAUUUUUUAGCUUCUAGAAGAAACUCAAGUGACACAAGCGAGUCCGAAUAUGAACCCUCUUCUCACCCCUCAAGGCGUUUGGGCGUGGUCACCAGAGGUUAUCCCUCUUCUGGUAGAGUGUUUGGUCUGACCGAAGUCAGCCUGCAGAGGGAAGGCGAUGGAGGAAGUAGAGAGGUAAGUUGCUUUCAAAAUCCUGAUUUUAAUCACAUACAGUCUAACCUCUCCUUACGGACACCUCUAUAAUACGGGCACUUGUCUAUUACGGACAGUUCGUUUGGUCCCAGAAAAGACAAAAAUCAUACAUUCCUUACCUCUAUAAUACGGACACCUCUGUAAAGCGGACACUUGGCCUGCCCCUUUGGUGUCCGUAUUAAAGAGGUUUGACUGUAACUUUUCUGAGAUUUUCUGAGAUACUGGUCGGUCAGUAGCUGUCAGUAGUCGGUCCCAUCCUUACAACCUUUUCUCUGUUCGAUGUUUUUCUUUUCAGAGUCUUUCACCAGCUCCUCUGCCUAAUUGGGUACAACAGUGGACGAACGACAGCAAUAAUCCAGGUUAGUGAUGUUAAUAGUGGAACUUCCCGAUCGUUUGACUUGCGUGCAAUUUCCGUACUACUAGUCUGCCAGUCAAAUUUAAGUGAUCUAAAUUUAAGUGAUCAUAAUCUCUACACAUUCAAUAACGUUCAUUGUCAUCAACACAACAACAAAGUGAUGCAGCUUUAACAAUCAAGACAAUAAAGGACAAAGAAAAAUUUUUGCACUGAAAAGGAGUUCAUAAAACAUCAAGUCGUGCUUGCGCGAACAUGUCUCUUUACAACUGACCUGCACAGUUAUGUCCCUUGUCACACAGUAAUUGUAUCACUAAUAGGGUUUUUAAAACCACCUUUUAAGUUCUCCAAUCUUUGAUGUUUGCCGGUAAAUUGUUUCCUAAAUUGCACCAAGUUUCUUGAUUAACCUUGAUUGUUUUAGGCAAAGAUUACUCACUUUUCCUUCCCUCCGUCCCUCCCCCCUCCCCCUUUCCAUCCGUUUAUCUUUUUAUUUUUUGCUUAUCAACACGACCCAGGGGAGUUCGGAUUAAAACUUACAAAAGCUAUUGUCAGCCUGGUUAAUCAUUGCUAUGUAUUACUAGGCGCACUAAAGAAAAAGCUUUCCUCGCGUUAGCAAAUUAAUUACAAUAUUGAUUUCAGGAAAAGAAAGAACAAGCGAGCAAGUUCAGCGAUUUAUCUAUAAAGUUAACCGUCUCUGCGGCGGUUUCCAGUCUAGUUAUUCUCGAAGGAAGGAGCUUUCGGCCCAUUCAGGGCAACUAGUACUUUCAGGAUAUGAAAACAAACAAGUCAGUUUAGUUAUUUAUCCAUGAAGUUAAUGAUCUGCUACGGUGUUAAGUUAUUUCAUUUAACAUGACACAUGUCACAAAAAGUCGUAUUGUUUUCCGUACAACAGACAACUGUUCGGUUUACCAACCCAUCGAGGUACUUGGAUCAUCUAGUGCGUCUGAAGAUUCUACCCAUAACAGUUGUAUUAUGUCUUCUUCGAGCAUUCCUGUACCGGUGCAACGAGAUGACUCAGGUAUGUAAGAUACAAGCUUUGAGUAAAUACAUCGGCUUCUUGCUUGUUCAAGAACUUUGCGUCUAGAUGUCAGUUUUCCACUUCCAGGAAUAAAUCAAAUGUGCAUCGUCCGGCAUUAAAAUGUAAUCGAACGUAAACUAUGAGGCUGAACUUUAAGCUCAAGAGGCGAGUGUACUUUGUUGAAAAUUUCGGAAUUUACCGACCUUUAGUUGUGUUAUGAUAGUAUUAGUAAUACCAGGAGAUAACAAGCUUGCAAAUCUUUUAUAGCAACUGCGACCAGGUAUUUUUUCCUUCUUCUCUUUAUAUAGAUUCAGAGAUAAUAUGGUCGCCGAAUGAACAGACGUUUUUCUGUCGUGUUACUUCAUUUCGGAUACCUGAACGAUAAAUAUACGAAAUUAAUGUACCAAAUUAAAUUACAUGGAAUUAAUAUCAACGAAUGGCGUGAAUAACAAACUGCCUUCAAAUUAAUUAACAAAAGUUAUCGGUUUUUAUCCUAAUUGAAAAGCAAUUUACUUUAGUACUGUUCACUUUAACGUUGAUAUAAUUGUAAGGAAUUCAAACAGUAAAAAACUUCAUCAGCAUCCGCCGCAUACAUACGAACCUCGGCUCAAGGACCUGUAGGAUUCGAAAGCGGGUGUGUCGCGCGUGGUGGUCACGGGGUGUCUUUUCGUGGCCCCAAUCUUCCACACGCUUUACGCGCGCGUAUCCGGGAAGCGGAAGAGUAAACCUGCAGCAUAUUGAAAGGGGAGGGGGGGGGGUGGUGCUCUCGCCAAUUUAGGAUCGGUUUGAGCCGCGAAAGCCACUUGUUUGCCUUGGGUGAGAGGACAUCGCUCUUGGUAAACCCUGACUUUCUUCCAAUAAACUAUGCGGCAAUUCCUACCAACUGGCGUGUAUACCGGCCCUAGGAUGCCUAAUGAUAUAUUUUCGUAUUUCCUGUUGACAGAAAGCAAGUCGAAACUAGCCAAGGUUGCUUCCUCUCCCAGUCUUAGGCCAAGAGCGGGCUCUGCAAAAACGACAUCGGUAAGAUCACGACCAUUAGUGUAAAGUUUUAUAUUCACUUGAAAUCAGACAGAUAGGAUAUACUUGUGAACAAAUGGCUAUAACUGAACUCUGGUGUUGGUCAUGCUUUUUCAGUAACUUUCUUAUUGUGCUUGGUUUGUUUUUCAGUCUGGUUUAAUGCGAACCCAAAGUCUUUCUCCUUCCUCUCUGUCUUCUUCCCCGAAGACUUCCUUCUCACCCAAAAUUUCGCGGAGUAAAACUAUGUCGGCAGCCACGACUCGGCGCUCGUACCCUGCAGUGACUGGGGGCGAAUCAGACAGGAAAGCAGUGGACAGCGUCCGCAGUAUAGGCUUGGAAAGUAGUACAUCAGACGAUAGCGAUGUAGAGUCAAGCGACGCGUCGCUGACAAAACAAGCAAAAGAAUCGCGGAGGAAAAGUGAUGAAUCUGACAGGAAAGGGGUUCAACUGAUUCCUGAAAAAGAAGGAAAGCGGCCACUGUCAGCCCCUCGUCCUAACAAAACCGCCAUGCUGCGAGCACAUAACAGCAGGGAAGCGGUUAAGAACAGCGGCGUUAAAACCAAAACCCCACUCACAGCAAAAUCCAGGACUGCAAAAAACUCACCGCCAAACAGCGCCGGAAGCGGAAAUAGCGCGGCGGCCAAUCAAAUAGGCGAUUCGCCGCCGGCAUCAAGGGUAUGGAGUCCCAGCGUAAGACGGUCGACCAAGUCUUCCUCUGGUGAUGAAAACCUGGAUGUUGCGGAGACUGGUGUCAAACGUGAAGAAGUUGACGUCACACAGAAGGCGGUAGAUGACGUGUUUACCUCGGGCCCAGUUCUUCCAGAGUCUCUUCAGAUGAAGAGGGAUGAUCCUGUGAAUAAAACCUUCGUCCUUGGUAAGCCUGGCCCGCACGUUCGGUUUCAUUUGAGAAAGGGAGGGGUCGAUGUGCAAAGGGAAUAGAAAAUAGAAAAGAAAUAAUUGACCCCCCUCCCCCACUCCCACCCCAUCGUUGCGUGUCGUAUAUUUUCGCUCGCCCGCUAGACUUUCAAAAAAGUCCUUCGUCGGAUUUAAUAUGGCGCGGGACGGCCGCUUUGCGGCCAAAAAUGGGUGGCUCCGCUCGCCAAGAGGUCGACUUUUAGCAAGUCUACCCGCCCGCAUGUUCCUCUUGUUUUAAAAUCCCUGAGGAAAAUAUGCAGUUGAUCCACGAUACAGUCAAACCUUCUUCCUACGGAAACCAGUGGGGCAUAUCCAGCUGUCGGCAUUAUAAGGCUCCACAGGGAGAGGUUCGAUUAUAUAACAAAAACCCUUAACAACGAGUAAAAACGGAAUGAUAUCAUUCUUCGCGCGUUUUACUAGUAAGUUUUAUGACAAUGGACCCCAAUAUGUAAAGUUCCCUAGCAGUUUGUGGGUGGUUUAGUGAAUACGCAAACCAAAGCCAACGCACUGGGAACUAGAUGGUGGUAAUUUUGUUUGACGUCACUCGGUUUUCAGCAUUCUGGCUGAUCAAUUCAUAAUUUAGGCCAAUUCCAUAUUAGGGAAUUCAUUUGGACAAAGUUAUUUUAAACUUCAAGACGGUUAAAAGUGCACUGGUAGCUAAGAGGUUUGUUAAGUUUUCAUCGCUCUCUCAAAAAACAAUGUGUGCUAAUGUUCCUUUUUUCGCUCUUUAAGACGAAGGCAAAGGUGACUCGCCAAUCACGUCUCCAGAAGAAUCGUCCAUGCAGGAUUGGGUCAACGAAGUGUCCAACAGCAAAACCAUCACUGAAUCCAAAGAUGCUCUUGAAGAAAACACA